AUGACAGUACCCGGCAAGACAAAACAUGUAUAUCAGUACGACGGGAAGCUCACGGAGCUCGCGACAAAGGUGCACUCGGUCCGGUCCUUUGCGAGUUUGGAGGACGCCAAUCGACUUCUCUUCAAGAAUGGCGCCGACGACGACUUUGUCAUGGUAACCAGCGAGACCAUAUUUCACCCUCAGGGCGGCGGACAGCCCUCCGACGAGGGUUUCAUCACCUGGAGCCCCAGCGGCACCACGGCAGCCGACGCACCGCCAGACCACACCUCGUCCUUCCACGUCAAGGCCGUCCGCAUCGACGCCGUCCACGGCUCGCAAGUGCUGCACCUCGGCUCGUUUCCAACGCCCGCCGCAGCCUCCCAAGUCCAGCCCGGCGACCAAGUGACGCAGGUCCUGGACGUGGAAAAGCGCCUCCUGCACUCGCGCCUCCACACGGCCGGCCACGUCUUGGGCUCCGCCGUGCGCAGUCUGCUCGAGACGGAAAUCCCCGGCUUCGACGAGCUCAAGGCCUCGCACUUCCCCGACAGCGCGGGCUGCGAGUUCAAGGGCGCCAUAGAGGGAAAGUGGAAGGCGCCGAUCCAGAGGCGCGUCGACGAAUACCUGGCGCGGUCGAUGCCCGUCGAGGUUGAGUUUUGGACCGAGCGCGACUUUUGCAGAGAGGGCCUGGCGCGGCUGAUUCCCGAUCGGCGCCUGCUGCCCCCCGGCGAGGACAAGUUCCGCGUUGUGCGCAUCGUCGGCGCCGACGUCUAUCCCUGCGGGGGGACACACGUCGACACGACGGACUUGUGUGGCGAGACUACGGUCAAGAAGAUUGCCAGGAGUAAGGGCACGAGCCGGGUGAGCUACACGGUGGCAUGA